ACGAAAACCUACAUUCGCGCUACAACCGCGAACCCACAAUGUUGCAUCCAUUUCGCAGAUUCAGUUGGUUGAGUUGAAUUUUAGUUGAGUUGAUUGAAUUUCAAUUGUUUUCGGUUGCGAUAAAGUUAAGUUGGUUGGUUUUAGUGUUUUAAGACUGUGUGUUGUUAUGGACUAACAUAAUGUGGAGAUUGGUUUUCGUAUGCUUGUUAUCCUGGGCGGGCGGGCAGAGCGGGCGCGCGCCGCGGCAGGACCACCACGGGCGAGGCUGGGACAUCCGACUCGCCGUCCCAGGCAAGCCGGGAAACGACUACCCCACGCUCGCCAACAUCCCAAGAACGACCUUCUCUUGCGCUGGUAGACAACCAGGUUACUAUGCGGAUCUGGAGACAAACUGCCAAGCCUUCAGAGUGUGCACCGCGGGAUCCACCUACGGCUUCCAAUCCUUCCUCUGCCCCAACGGUACUCUGUUCAACCAAGCCGUCUUCGUCUGCGACUGGUGGAUGAACGUUAAAUGCGAAGCUUCACAGAAUUUUUUCAACAACAACGAGAAAUUCGGAAACCUGAAGCUUGGGCCGCAACUUAUGAAAGAUAUCAAGAAGAUGAUUACACAUCCCAUGAGAAAUCCUAUAGACAAAGGUGUCAUGAAAGGCAAUCUUGUUGUUAUGCAAGACUAUAAGCCACCUUCCGGACAAUUAUUCCCCAACAGUGCCCUAAUAGCAAGCGCAGAUAGAACUCCUAGUAAUGUCUUCGUACCACCAAAAAUCACACAGCAACACUUCGGACAAAGCAACUUUAUUAGAGACACGUCUUUCGCUUUUUCAACACCGAGUCCCUCGUACAUACCGUUUGAUGUGCAACCGACGCAGGCAGAUGCGGAAGUAUUCCAGCGGCAGCGGCAAAAUGGACAACAGUGGCAAAAUGGGCAACAGUGGCAAAGCGGCCAACAGUUUCAAAACGGCCAACAGUGGCAAAACGGCCAACAGUUUCAAAAUGGCCAACAGUGGCAAAACGGCCAACAGUGGCAAAACGGCCAACAGUGGCAAAAUAACGGACAAAACUCACAAUCUGGAAAUCAGUUCGGUCGUCUCGUACAACCUACUAGUAGUACCAAUAACAAUGUUAACACGAUUCGUCAAAAUCAAUUAAGUCAGACUCAACUAAACCCAGCACCGACAACUUAUAACCCACAGAAUUUCAACAAUCAAAGAAUACAGGGUAACAGACAAAAUGCACAAUACACAGCCAAUAAAACUCCCGUACAGUGGAACAGUGGAAAACAAGCUGAAUUUGGAGUUUCUUUAACAAACCAACAAUUCAAUCACAACUCAAAUCAAGCAAGUCAACAACAAAACUUAGGGUUCCCAAAAUUCUCAAGCGACAUUAAAGGUCCAGUGGGCAAUAAAGCCAAAGAGAAUCUGGUAAGUAACAAUGAUAUACCAUCUACUGUCAUAACAAAAACAAUAACUGUUAAUCGAAUUAUUCAAGAACCCAAGACAGGCCAACCUAAAUCUCGAGUAGUGUUCAAAACUUGGAUUGUUAAACCCUCUAAAGCUGCUAAAUUAGUUGCAGAACCUACUGCGUACACAUAUAGUCGUCCUACUCCGCCAAUUAGUGAACGACAAGUAGAAGCAAGCACUCCUUAUGUUUAUAAUAGACCAACCACCCCACCACCGCCUCCACCCUCACCACCACCAGCAAAAAUUAUCUCAGAACCUGACGAAUCUUAUGUUUACAAUAGACCCACAGUAGCGGCUAAGGUAGUAUCAGAGCUAGACGAACCGUAUGUUUAUAAUAAACCAACAGUGGCUGCUAAGGUAAGGUCAAAUGUUAGACAGCUUCCUCGAGUAACAGAAGCAGAAGAGCCUUAUGUUUACAACAGGCCGACACCUGCAGUUAAAAUAGUAUCAACGGUUAGACAAGUUCCUCGCGCGUACCUUCCUCCAACUACACCAGCUCCAACAGUAGCUAGAUUAUACCAACCACCGACUACAGUAGAACCAACCAAACCCUCCCGUCUUUACUUGACUCCGACUACGUUAAAUCCACUAGAAAGAAUAUACUUACCGCCAUCUCAACCUGCACCUUUUAGACAAUACUUAACACCCAAUACAGAUAUACAAAGUCCUUUCUCUCAAAAUGAAAAACUUAUUGCCGCUCCGACCUCACCUUCGCCCGUCUAUGUUGCUCCAACUAAAGAGAUUUCUACUCAACCAUCUUUCACCCUCACUAAGCACUCCCGUAUUAACGCAAACCAUAACAACUUGACAUUUGCAGAUAUACUAACUAAAGAAAAACUUGAUAUAACAGUUAAUGACAUAGUUAAAGACACCAGUAAAAUCCUUAAAUCUGCUUCUAAUGAACAGUUUGGUCGACUCACCCAAGAUUUGAAUUCAGUUGACUAUCCUGAAGAGAAUGCCUAUUUACCGCCAGAUUCCAAUCCAUCGAGUAAAGAGAGUCUAACUCCAUCAACCUUACCAGAUACAGCAAAAAGUUCUCGUCUGAACCAAGCUCCAUCAAAAGACUUAGAACCUCCACUAGAAACUCCCAAAGAUAUUAAAAAUACUAACCAGCUCUCUAAUCUACCUUUUUUUAAACAACCCACCAACACAAUCGAACGAACAGUCUCUUUGAAAAUUUCUAUUCCAGAAAACGUAGCGUCGUACCUUUUUAAAAAUACUAAUGAGAGUGACUUGGAUAGAUUAGAGAUACUCAACACGGGAAGCAGCAAUUAUUUAGUCCUCACUAACCAACUCGCCACAAGUACCACUCCUACUUUCAUUCCAAUCGGUAAACUGAUAGCAGAUAAAAAUUCAUCUCUUUCAAAUUCACAGGCACUGGUGUUCUCUUUACUGGCUAAUUCUAUCAAUGUGGCCAAAGAAUACAGCAACAUCGCACAACAAAACGUACUACCAGCAACAUCCACACAACCACAGUUCCAGAACGUCAACGAAGAGGAGCUAGCUCGCAUCACUAACCAAAUAUCACAACUCACGUCAUCUCAGUACUCUGGCAAUAAUCAAAAUGGCAAUCUUGGCAAUGCAAAAAUUGUAUCCACUUCUCAAACUACCACAUCAAAUUCCGGAACUGAACACACACAAACGCAAUUCACAAACAACUUAGUACAAAACAGUGGAAAGAGCGGACAGUUAAACGUAACACCACAACAAAGCGGCAGUUUUUACUCAUCACAAUUCCAAUUUGGAAAUGGAUUUGGACCAAUGGUUUCUAAUGCUAAUCAGAACCAAGUAUAUAGCGGUCAACUAUACCAGCUCCCGGUUCCACAAGUAACUGAGCAGGUCUACAACAAGGGAAGUCCAGCGAAGCUUAUUCAAGCCGACAAUGUUAACAAUUUUGCAUCUGAAGCUGAACACCUCCAGACCAAUCAACAAUCAAAUGCAAAAAAUAACAUUAACCAAUCUAAACAGUCCAGUGCAGAUGUUGAAAUAGUUCAAUCACACAGUUUACCCGUACCAAGCCCGGCAAAGUUGCAGGUCGCACCUGAAGAAGCAAAUUUCAACAGCCAAGAAUCUUCACAAGCUUUCAUUAACAACUUUUUAAAUAGCGAAGGAAUAUCGGCUCAAGUUCAAGAUAAUAUUAUCGGGACAAUACCGCAUCCUUUAGAGAAAAAUAAAUUUGUGACGUACAAAAAAGAUCAAUCGUACUCUUUUUACACGAGGUUGGAUGGCAAUGAUUUAGACCAACCAACCGCGAGUAGCCGAAAUCCACAACUGAACGCAGGGAGUCAGCAGAAUGCUAAACUAACACAGGCAGAUGAAGAUAUUUUCCAAUUAAUCCCGUCUGUCGGCUACCAACUGGAGGAUGAAAAAGAGCAAGAGAAAAUACUCAACGCUUUUAAUAUUAACGAAUUCGGAAGUCCUAAAUCAGAAAACAACAACAAUAACGAAGGGUAUAUACUUCCAACCCCUACUAAUCGCAGAAGUGAUGUCCUUACCACUAAUGUAGAUUUUUCUGUGACCCAUCCUUUUGCCAAGCAACUUCUCGUUCAAAGAAGACCUAAUGCUAUUUAUGAUGGGCCUUCGUCAUACUCAGCUCCUCAAGGAUCAAUAGGCUUUCUAGAUACGAGUCAACGGAUUUUGCAGAACCAAAAUUUAAAUGCUAGGUUAGAACAGUUUGAUAUUGUAAGUAGUAACGGCAAUGGAUAUCCUCCAAAUUCUCAAAGACAGUUUGGAUACUAAUAAGUUACAUUCCUACCAUGACGCGUU